AUGGCGCGGAAAUGGUUCCAGCUCGUAGGCGAAGAUGGGAACGCGGUGACGUCGACUGAUGCUGUUGUCGUGGAUAUCGAAGAUGUUGUUGCGUUGCGGGAUGCGGUGAAGGAGAAGCUCAGAGACAGCCACCUAGCAGGGAUUGCUGCGUCCGAUCUCACAGUCUUUGCGAACCGGGCGGAGUACGAUGCGAAGCGAAGCGUGCUGCUGCCCCAGUCGGGGUCCCCAGUUACGGCGUAUGGGAAUAAUGAAGAUAAUGCGCUCAUUGUGCAAGUGCCGAAGCGCGCAGAAAGCGAUUCACGCUAUUUUAUCCAGCCAAACGUUCAAGAACAAGUCGAAAAGGCAGUAUUUGUGAUCGUGGAAGAAGACGAAGAACGCAACGGUGUUGGAAUGGAUUCUGGUGCUGCACUUCUUAUCAAGGAUGGAUUUCUUGUCGGUAUCCAUCUGGAAACGAUCAAUGCACUCCGCGAAGAGAUGGACCGCAAGAAAACCGUCAAGGAUCGCUUGAAUGAUGUGGAGGAGUCUCUGGACAACAUUGCGAGAAGCGGACUAGCGCAAGGCUGCUCAGGUCUUUUGGCUCAUGAGUUCAAGGACGUAGUGAGCGAGUACUGGACGCAAGCCGAACACAAUGCCUCUCGCAACAAUGAGCUCGUCAUCUAA